UGGAAAAUCAGGAGGAUCAGGAAAAGCAGGAGCAGCUGGAGAAUCAGGAGCAGCAGGAACAGCAAAAGCAGCUGGAGAAUCAGGAGGAUCAGGAGAACCAGGAGAAUCAGGAGCAGGAGGAGAAGAAAUGGGGGGCAAGAGUUCUUCAAAACGAGCUCCACUUGCGCUCACCCCAAAGCAGCGUGUGGAAGCCAUCGGCCAUGUGGUGAGGCUCAUCAGUGGACAGUUGGACCAGUUGCUCUGCGACGUGCACCGUUCGAUCAGGCAGUCACAACGCGAACUCCGUGCUCGUCGCAAGCCACCCGUGGUGGUGUCCACCCUGAUCCGCUCCAGGCAGACGCCCAAGCUGAAGCUCAGGGAUGUGAGGAGGGUGAUCAAGGGCAUGGUACCACAUCGCAUGUACCAGAUCUUCGAGGUAAUUAUCUAUGAUGAUUACCACAUUGAAGUUGUAGAAUGACUGCUGAUUCACUAAGCAACGUAAUAAAUAAAUUGAAUUCUAUGGAAAAAUGUUCAACUGAA